UAAUUGUGAUAACAACAACAACAAUAACUAUUAACUCUUUUGAUUGACUGAUUAAUAGUUCGUAUUUACUAUUUUCCGACUUGGGUAUUUACGUCGUGCACCGCAGAGUCGCAGAGUCUAGUUAGAUAUUCGCGACGAGUAUUCCAAUUGUUUUAUCUGUUGAGCACGUCGUACUUGGAACAUUGCUGUUAGGUGCGUAGUAGGUAUUUUUUUAUCGACCAGUGAAUUUCGUAGUAGCCGUCCAAUCUUGACUCGAUCUAACGAUGAACAGCAGCGACAGUGAUGAUCUGACCGAAGAAUUUUUAACAGACGACCAUCAAAAUUUCUUAUCCCAAGGACAAGAUACACAAGAUGGCGUGGAAAUGGUAACAUUGGACAAUACAGAUGACUCAUCAAAUCAAGGAGAAGUGUAUGAACUUAAAUUUGGCAAACCACUUCGAGAACAAGACAGAUUCCUUCCUAUUGCAAAUAUUGCAAAAAUUAUGAAAAAAUCUAUACCAGAUGGUGGAAAGAUUGCAAAAGAUGCUCGAGAAUGUGUACAAGAAUGUGUUUCGGAAUUUAUAAGUUUCAUAACCAGUGAAGCUAGUGACAGAUGUUUCCAAGAAAAACGUAAAACUAUUAACGGAGAAGAUAUUCUUUAUGCAAUGUCUAAUUUAGGUUUUGACAAUUACGUAGAACCCUUAAAGCUGUAUUUGCAAAAAUAUAGAGAGGCCACAAAGGGAGACAAAUCAAUUGGAAUUGAAGAACUGUCGGAUGAUGUGUUUUCCAACGACACAAAUUAUACAAAAAUAUUUGGGCAAAACAGUCAAAGUGAAUCUGUCAUUUACUAUCAAGAUCCAAUUCAACAAUUCCACAUAGUAUAGUUUAAUUUUUUUUUAUUAUUAUUAUUACUUUGUCAUUAGACUGUAACCAUACAUAUUGCAAAUAAGGUAUUGCACUAAUUGUAGAUUUUAUAUAUUAAGAUAUAUUUUGUAAAGUAUAUUUUAUAUACUAUAUAUUGUACUAUAAAAAUAUUGAUCUACACUUAGAUUUUUUUUGUAUUCCUGAUUGGAAAAUCCAAUACCAGAUAACUUAAGCAAAUUCAUUAUCGGUACUAUAAGAUUCUCUAAAUAUAUAAUAUAAUAUGUGCAUUGUACAUAGAUUUUGAAGGUAAAACUGUUUAUUUUAGUGACCAUCAAUGGACAUUAUCAUAAUACGAACUUAAAUAAUUAUUAUAUUUGUAUUUCUUGUUGUUCAGUUGUUGCCAUUUUCCAUUUUAUUUGUAUCUACUUUAAUAUUUUUUUCUGUAAAUACAACUGUUCAUUUAUUAAUAUAAUAUAUUUUCUUAAGAACGAAACAAAUGCUACCUAAACUUUAAAAUCUAUCAUAGUCAAAUGGAUUUAUUAUUAUUAACAUUUAUUAUUCUUAUUAUUCGUUUAUCUAGAAAUGUUGGGUGAAAUCAUUUUUAUUGAUAUCUCAAAAAAUCCAUCAAGAUUAAAAUUUGAUAAUAAUUAUAAUUAAUAGCUAAUUACUACUAUCAUUCAACUUUAUCUAAAUUUAUAAAUCGAAUAAUUUUUUUAUUAUAAUAUUCUAAAAAUGGUAAUUAAAAUACCUUUGAUACAUGGAGAAAUAAUUUGAACUGAAGUUGCACUAUUUAUCAUAUCAUUUUAAAAUGUGUGUUAGUCCAAAAAAAUUACUUUUUAUGUUAGUAGCAUCAUACAUUUUAAAGUACAGACUUUGUCCAAUAUUUGAGUAAACAUAUGAUGAAAAUAUGAGGCACUUUGCCGCAGAACAGAUUAUCCCGAAAUUCAUUAUUUUAAGAACAAGCAUAUAUAAUAUUGUACAUAUUUUUAAUAACUAUUGAUAUGAAAUAAAAUUAAGUGGCUAAACAUA